CUUCGCUCCCUUCAGUCUCCGGCUACUCUCAGUUGGCGAUCAGCGCUCCUUCUCCGUCUCUGCUCUCCUCCCUGCAGGCAUGCCGGUCGACCUCUUCCGCUCGCCGUAGCCCUCGAUCAGCGGCGGCCGAGGUACGAACCCGGCCUUGCUCGCCCGUUAUAAGUUCAGGCACGCUCCUCGUCCUUCGCAGCUCGAGAUUCCAUCGCUCGGCCCGUCGCCGCCGGUUGUGGAACCCCCGAAGCCCCCCGACCGCGACCGCGGGGGAGAGCGUCGUGAUCAAGCGGUUCCUAGGAUGCCGCCGAAGAAGGAGGCGCCCGAGGUGGUCGACCUCGGGAGCAGCGACGACGAGGGCACCGUGGAAGUAGUGAAGCAGGUCGAUAGUGACCGUAAAUCGGCGAUCAACGCGGCGAUUCUCGCCGGGGCGCCGGUCGCCGGGAUUGCUCCCCCGCCGGCGCCGGCCGCCGCCGAAAACCUGGAGUCUCGAAGCUUCUGGAAAGCCGGGAACUAUGCGGUGGCGCCCAAUGCGAAGCUAGCGUCUGAUGCAGGCCUGCUGGAACAUGCUCGUGUCCAUCCCAAGUUUCUUCACUCGAACGCGACUUCUCACAAAUGGGCAUUUGGAGCAAUUGCCGAGCUCCUGGACAAUGCUGUGGAUGAGACACGUAAUGGGGCAACAGUUGUGAAAGUUGACAAAAUUGAUACCCUCAAGGACAACUCCCCGGCAUUACUGAUUCAAGAUGAUGGAGGUGGAAUGGAUCCAGAUGGUAUCAGGAAAUGCGUGAGCUUGGGGUAUUCUUCAAAGAAGUCGAACACGACAAUAGGACAAUAUGGAAAUGGAUUCAAGACAAGUACAAUGAGACUCGGUGCUGAUGUAAUUGUUUUUACUCGUGCUAUUCGUACUGGCCGAGCAACCCAAAGCAUUGGGCUUCUAUCGUACACCUUUUUAAGGACAACCGGGCAGGAUGAUGUCAUUGUGCCAAUGAUAGAUUUUGAUAUCUCUGGUCACUGGACUGAACCGAUAAUCUAUGGCUCAAAGGAUGAUUGGUCUACCAAUUUGCAAACUAUCCUCGAAUGGUCUCCCUUUGCAUCUAGGGAGAACCUAAUGCAACAGUUCGAGGAUAUUGGGUCACACGGAACCAAAGUUCUUAUUUACAAUUUGUGGCUGAACGAUGAAGGCAUAUAUGAAUUAAGUUUUGACGACGACGAUGAGGAUAUCAUGCUGAGAGACGAAGCUAAUCAGGGAAGCAUGACAAGAUUAAACAAAAAGACAGCUGCAAUCCAAGCACAUAUAUCUUACCGGUUGCGCUUUUCAUUGAGGGCAUAUGCUUCCAUACUAUAUCUCAGAAAAUUUACAAACUUCAAGAUUUUAUUGAGGGGGAAACCAGUUGACCAGUAUAACAUCGCGGAUAACUUGAAAUACUCGAAGGUCGUACCGUAUAAACCCCAUGGCGCAGCAGCAUCAAAAGAGGUUGCUGUGGAAACAACCAUUGGCUUUAUAAAAGAGGUUGAUGAUAUUGGAAUUUCUGGAUUUAAUGUGUACCAUAAGAAUCGCCUGAUCCGGCCUUUCUGGAAAGUCACCAGUGAUGGGUCUUCAAAAGGAAAGGGCGUUGUUGGAGUUUUAGAGGCAAAUUUUAUAGAGCCUGCACAUGACAAGCAAGAUUUCGAGAGGUCAUCAUUGUACAUCCGACUGGAAGCUAGGCUGAAGCAGACCCUUUCAGAAUACUGGAAAGGCCAUUGUCACCUUAUUGGUCAUCAGCCUCCUGGUUUUAGGACGCAGAAGGUGCAAAAGGGAGGUAUAAGUUCCGCAGGGGUAGAAAAAAAUGCGCAGAAACAAUUCAGAGAAAGUCAACACUUGGCCAGUGUCUAUGAAGAAGUGCAACUAAAUCCACCAACUGUUAGCCAUGCUGCUAAUGUCAGGCAGGGUUUCAUUGAUGGGCAAUCUAACAAUCGCAAAGGAUUGUCUGUUAAUCAGCCCAGUGCUGGAUUUGCAAUGGGUUCGGACAAUGCAUCAGCCAACGCCAUUGAGUCGAUGUCCUUAGAUCAGAUCUGUGAUGAGAAUUUACAACUCUUUAUGAGGUGUCAGGGACACAAGCAGAGAGAGACUGAGCUGAACGAGAUGAUCCAGAAGGUGGAGAAAGAGUUGGAGGAAACUCGGAGGAAUUGUGGCUCCCUUUCUUCAUAUAUAGAGACUCAAAGGAAACAGAAGCUAUUACAACAGCAUGCUCGAAAAGUCUAGGUAUUGUGAGUGCUCCAAACAGAGCUGGCUGGUACAUUUGGUUUUUGGAAAAUUGGUGCUAUACAUUUGCCAAUUUCCAUGUGUAAAAAGUUGGCUAGACUUCGAACCUCGCAUGUACGAGGCCAUUGUCGUUAAUCUCAAUGAUUUUCCACUC